UUUGCGGUUUGGUCAGCCUUGCCUGCCUACCUACCCCUGAAACCCCAUCGUUGCCAGCGCUCGCCGUCGACAACAUUUACCCACAAUCAGCCAUUUAACCUGCAGUUGCGGAUAGACACGACGCAGGUCAGCGAAGCCAGCCCGAGAUGUCGCUGAAUGGCCUGGACGGUGCAAGCGUCAGGGAAGCCCACGCCGCGGCCGUCGCCGAGGCUGGAGGAUGGUUCCUCCUCAAGUACGUCAGCCGCGAUGAGAUUGAGUUGCUAGAUCGUGGUAGCGGCGGCAUCGUCGAGAUUCGCAAUAGCAUAUCACAGUACAACGAGACGUCGCCAUUGUUUGGGUUUCUCAGGUACAGGCGUAGGAAUGUUCUCAUCAAAUACAUGCCAGAGGACUGUUCCAGACUUGUUCAAGCCCGAGUGACUGUCCACUUCAAUGCCGUCUGCGAGCGCUUCUCACCUUACGAUACAGACUUCGAAAUCACGAAUGCGAAGGAGCUCAAGGAUACAAAACUCUCGGCUGCUUGCUCGUUGCAUGCUGCAUCUAACUCAACAUCCUCCUCAACUAGUUCGCUGCGGAGACGACGGUUGAUGGAAAUCACUGAGGAGGAAGAGGAAGAAGAAAGAGAAAGGAAACGACAGUCGAUUGUUAAAGAAGACGGCGGGCUAAGGCCUGCCGACGGACACCAAGAUUCAACAACCACAUCAACCUCCCCUAUUAUACUCGCCUCCGAGCCGCCGGUCAGGUUAAACGCAGACCUCGCGAACUUGCCCGAGGCAUCGCGCUUUACCGACGGUGUGGACCCUCCCUCUUUCCUGGGAGUCCCAAGACCUUCGUCGCCUGCCAAGUCCUUUGACGAGGCAACACGGCGAAUGUCGUCACAAUCAUCCCGCCCCGACCUGUACUCUUAUCCCCAUGGAAAGUCACGGGUGAAGCUUGCUCCUCGGCCUUCUGCGGAUAUAAGCGGUCGGCCGCGGACGUCUGCAGGAUCCGCAGUUUACCGGCCGGUCUCGACAAUUCCUGCGGGCCUGAAGUCCUCACUAGCCAAGGGUACCAAAAAAAGCCGGUCCCAGGACAACGAUAACGACGAGGAUGGUGCCGAAUCUUUGAUCGAGGAAGAGCCAGAAAGUGGCUUUGAGCCUACGUCAAAACGUAGCGCGGAAGCUACGCCAUUAAACAUUAUCGAACUCACGCGGCCACAUACUAGCAGCGGUGCGCAAGCCGCAGUCACUUCAUCCCAUCCUUUUAAGUCAAUUUUGCCUACAUUGCCACCACCGCCUAACAAGCAAAAUGGCAUGACACCUGAGAAAGCGCGGCUUCUAAAAGCGAUGAAGCUGAGGGAAAAGAAGAAGAUGCUGGGUCUGCAAAAAUCACCAGACCAACAAUCUGUUGAAGAGUCAUCUGAACCCGGCACGCCAGAUUUACCAGAAGAGGACGCAAAACUAGAUGCAUCAACUACAGUCAAAGCUGAAGAUGUGCCAGUCGAGAGUGAAAGACAUGUUCCAAGCCGUUUAUCGGCGUUUAAGGCCGAUUCUGGAAUUGACGUUGGUCCAGAUCAUGCUUCAGUUGAUACGCAUAUGGAUUCUCAUCCAACCUCACCCUUUGCUGCCUCUGACAUGGGUGAUUCGACCAAGGCCUCGUCUCUGUCGGAAUCGACAGAUGAGACAGUACUUGCUGCGAAAGAGCAGGACCUACCUCUUUGGACAAAUGAUGACCACGAGGACCCGGUUUUAUCACCGGUACCUAGAGAUGAUGGCGAGCCUGCUACAGAAUUCGCGGCUAGAAAUGAGUCGGAAUCAUACGACAGAGAACCAGGCGUACCUGCCUCGAAAGAAGUCGAGGAUGAGGAGUUGAAGGAACAAAGACGAGAGAAGGAAUCGGAUUCUACUGAAGAGCUUGACGAGGAGGCUGAUAACACGGACCCUGUUGGUGAAGACCUCAUAGAGGCUCUUGUUGAGGCUCCCGUCGAAAUCCCCGUCGAAUCUCCUGUCGAGGCUCCCGCUGAAGCUGCCUUUGAGGCUCCCGUCGAGAUUCCCGUUGAUGCCCCGGUUGAGGCUUCCGUCGAAGCUGCCGCCGAAGCUGCUGUUGAGAUUUCCGACAAGACUCCCGACAAGGCUCUCCCUGAAACUGUUGUAACAGGAGAUGUCUCCCCAGCCCAUGUUCUACCAGUAUCAAAAUUUUCUUCCGCGGCACUGGCCCCAAGCCCGAUGGACAAAGGUGUGGGCCGUUCAACAAAUACAGAGACAGCGGCAAGCCCAGUCACUCCUGUUGGCACAGUCCAGUCAAACUCCGCAGAGCUAUCGGAGGAGACGUCACGACCACUGCGGCUUCGAAUUCCAGUCUCGAAAUUUUCGGCACAUGAGACCAAAUCUCCUAUAAGCCCGGCAACCCGAACAAUUCCAUCAAUUAUCACACAUGUAUCGCGAGAUGACCAUGCGGUGGGAGCUCAAACCGAAGCAAUUAGAAAUAAGGAAGAGACUGAGAUUGGUGACGCUGUCGAAACAGCAUCUAUCGAAACAAGGCGCUCGAAGCGGGCGCUCGCCCUCGAACCUAUUCGAACUGACCUCGAUGCGCUCGAGAAGGACAAAAGACAUUCCGAGAUUAGUCUCUUUGAUGACGACGGUCUUAUGGAAGAGUUGCAAUCGGCAACUGUGCAACAGGCGAAGCCAAUCAUGGUCUCCAAAUCUCCCAUAACCCCUUUUAUCCCUAGUGAUUCUAGGAAGAGUCCGGCCGGCCUAGAUAGCGGGUCAACAACACCCCGGUUUGUGAGGACCGUGUCGAAUCCCAUCCGCGGCCCUCUGCUAACCCCUGGAGACGUCUCGACGAGCUCGGCAAGGGCUGUUUCAUCCGGCGCAGCUUAUUUGCACAAGAUAACACAGCAACAGGCGACCGACUUGAGACCCAAAAGCAGCAAGAUAGGGUCGAGCAUCUCGCAGCGCAUCAAGGCGCUUGAGAAGCUUUCCGGGAGUUCUACUGUAGGGGAUACGCCGGUUAAAGAACGCCCUGCUUCAACCUUUUUCUCGGUACGGAAAACCAGUGGCCGAGAACCAUCAAGGUCACCGUCUGUGGUUGACAGAGCAAACUCGUUGACAAGGGGUACGACGCCUUCACCCCCCGAAUCCCGAGAGUCGUCUCCAGAAACCGGAAAGAAAACACCGCGCGACAGAUCCGGGUCUCUGGUGAACAGACUUUCUAUGUUCGAGGGUGGCAAAAUGCCUAGAGGCAGGCCGGAAUCGAUUCAAGUAACGGCGCGCAUUGUCCGGGAUCCAAACCAGCCUUUCCCCCGGGUGCCCGAGUCAAAAGCCGAUGCCACCACGGAAUACGGACAGUUGGACUUGAAACAGUCGCCAUUAGUUGUAGAUGUUAAAAAAAAGGUCCCCUUCCCGAGUUUGAAGUCGAACUUCAGCCACGUGUCAGCGAAAACUUCACCCGAACAGGAUGUCCAACUUGAACGGAAGCCUUCACUACUGCAAAGGCGUUUCUCAAAAGGCCGGAGAUCACAGUCACAGGACCGGAACAAGGAAGCAUCGAAAGAAGAAGACAAGCAAGAGACCGAGACGCUGCGCCCGAGAAGACGGUCCUCUUUGACUGUGGUGAAAGACUUCAUCAAGGAUCGUCGCGAGUCGCUCCUUGGCGCGAAAUCUCCCUCGACUGACAAUUUGAAUCUUAACCUGUCUUCUACCUCGGCGAACCUCGGGUCUCCCGCCCUCCCGACGCCUUCGCGGUCUCCUUCGCGCCCGCCCUCCGUGCACCAAAGCCUUUCCUUCCCCCGGCGGCUCAGCAUUAGCAGCCGGAGGUCAUCUAUAGAGCAAAGCAGCCCUCUUGUGUCUACCAACAAUCUCCUCAAUGGUGCCAUGUCCCCUUCUCGCACAACAGAAGCAAGCGGCGAGUCCGAGACGGACGGCAAGAGCACCAAUGGGGCAGAUAGAAGGGCCGGUUCAAGCUCAAGCGGCUCAAAUCCAGGAUCGGCGGCUACCAGUCCAACUCCGGGGAAAAGCGCUACCAGCAGCCGUACCUCCCGCUUUAUCCGUCGUCUAUCCAGCUCGCUUGGCUCCGGCAGGAAGAAUAUCCCUCCUUCUAUUUCGCCCACAGUCGCCGAGGAGGAGGAUGCCGACGUUGAAGCUGCAGGUAUGAUCGCCCCGCAUUCACGGGGAGGUACGUCUGCUGGCGCUACGACACAUCACCAGCCAAGCAUUGUUGCAUUCAUGGGCGAUGUCAAUGUGCAGUUUCCCGACAAUCUCUUGUGGAAGCGUCGCACGAUUUGCCUUGAUAGCCAAGGGUUUCUGAUCUUGAGUGCGGUUCAAGGAGCCGCGGCAUUGACUACAUCCGCCCCGGGCAAGGAUAGGCACCACCAAGCAGGCGUUAUCAAGAGAUAUCACAUGAGCGACUUCAGACUACCAUACACACCCGAGAUGGAGGUACAAGAACUGCCAAACAGCGUGGUGCUCGACUUUGUGGAUGGCAGUGGGCUGCAAAUUGCAUGCGAGGACAGGGCCGGGCAGAUGAAUGUGCUGCAAAUACUUCAAGAAGCCCACCAAAACCACACGAGUUUCGGACUGUGAUUUUUCACCAUUCUCUGGGAUUAGCCACUGGUCAACCUGUUCAUAUCAGUGUACAUAUUGUUUGAUGACCAUUUUGCCUCCUUGUCUGUAUUCUACUGCACGUCCGAGGGGCUGGCAGCUUUCUCUUCAACUAUUCUUUUUGCCCUGGAACAAAAGACAUUACCACAUCACGG